UCGCAUAUGAGAUCUUCAGCUUUAAGCUCACUGGAGGUUUAUAUGUGAUGGUGACUAAUAACGAAGAUGAGGGGGGGCUGAAUCCUGAAUUCAUGAGUGAAAUGGCCAUUCCUCCUGGACUCCCGAUGCGCAGUCAGGAGGACCAUCCGUGCGUGUAGCGCUGUCUCUGAACGUCUCCUCCCCUGUUUCUGCAGUGCUAUAUACUGCUCUUCCAUCUCGCUCAUCGCUUCUUGUCUCAUAGCUACCCACCGCGAGAAGAGUAAGACAAGACUACCAUUUGCAUACCACCACACUGCUCUUUCUUGUCUGCCACCAUCCCUCUCCUCGAUAUCCAUCUUGUCCUGAUCCGUGUUCCGUGUGCUUUGCCUUCUCUCAGUCCUUCACCAUUCAUUCACGCCUACUCUCAUGUGCGGUCCUCUUUGGCUCUUUGCCUUAUCCAGCGCUGGCAGGAAACCCAGGGAUUUUUUUUCUUCACUCAGUUAAUUUUUUUUUUCUCAAAGCAAAGAACAUCCUUAAAAGCCUUUUAUUAAUUGACAGUUUGGAAGAAAUAUCUGACUGAUUGAGGCGGGACGAGUGAGGGUAGAACCAGUCAUUUCAUUUAUGAUGUUACGCAUCAACAAUCGCACGUAACGUUUGCCUGGACAGGAGAAAGCUGAAAACGUUUUGUGGUUUUUGAAAAAUUGACUUAGGUUCGCGGUUGCCGUGCGAGAGCGAGUGGAAUUCAACCAAAAACAACUAAUCAGGCAGUGUUAAGUUUGCUGAGGUAGGGUACCUGUCAGAAGAAAAAAAAAAUCGCGAAGAAGCACCGUGGACAGCAACGCGUCAUUUACCAAGACACCAGCGCAACAAGCCAACACCAUUACACCAGCGUGCUGAGUGGAUGGCACACGGGGUGUCGUGAACUGGUGCAGGGUGCCACGCUGAGACCAGAGACCAGGAUCCAGGCAAGAUUCGGUGAUUUCCAGUGAUAUGAAAGAUAAAUUAAUCUCUUGAGGCCACAACUUCUACACUGCACUGACUCCCUGACAACUGCACCCAGUCAUUUGGAUAGAGCUUCAAAUGUGACGUGGAUUGAACUUUGGUAUCAGAAGACCCCGAGCUCUGUCCCGCUGCAAUGUCUCUACACAAGAGCAUCCUGAAUCUCACCCCACCCUUCACGCCGUGUAUGUUCAUCUCCUUUCUGCUGGUUCUGCUCCCGGGAGUCACUCAUUUCUCCCAGGGUAGCGCCAGCCAUGAAGAGAUAGGCAGCACACCAGGCAACUGCUCCAGUACUGAUAACUGCUCCGAGGGAGUGGUGCUGCCCAUGUGGAACCCGCAAAACCCUGCGGUGGGUGACAAGGUGGCCCGCGCCAUUGUUUACUUUGCAGCCCUCAUAUACAUGUUCCUGGGCAUGUCCAUUAUUGCAGACCGCUUCAUGUCUUCGAUUGAAGUAAUCACCUCUCAGGAAAAGGAGAUCACAAUCAAGAAGCCCAACGGUGAGACCACGACAACAACCGUACGCAUCUGGAAUGAGACCGUGUCCAACCUGACUCUCAUGGCGCUGGGCUCAUCUGCACCAGAGAUCUUGCUCUCCGUCAUUGAAGUGGUCGGCCAUAACUUUGAGGCUGGAUCGCUGGGUCCCAGCACGAUUGUGGGGAGUGCCGCAUUCAACAUGUUCAUCAUCAUCGCUAUCUGUGUUUAUGUGGUGCCAGAAAAUGAAGUUCGCAAGGUAAAGCACCUGCGGGUGUUUUUUGUCACUGCUGCCUGGAGCAUAUUCGCCUACAUCUGGCUGUAUCUCAUUCUAUCCGUGGUCUCCCCCGGAGAGGUGGAGGUUUGGGAGGCCGUCCUCACCUUCCUCUUUUUCCCUCUUUGUGUGCUGCAAGCCUGGAUCGCAGACCGACGCCUUCUCUUCUACAAGUAUGUCAAUAAGCGGUAUCGUGCCGACAAGGCCCGUGGCAUUAUCAUUGAGUCCGAGGGAGAUGCCAUGUUCACUAAAAUGGACUUGGAGAUGGACGGCCAGGAUGUGAACUCCCACACUCACCCCAGAGAGGCUCUGGAUGGAAUGCUGGAGGGGGUGGAGGAAGGCGGAGGGAUGAGUGCGGAGCAAAUUCAAGAGGAAGAGGCCCGGCGGGACAUGGCUCGCACCCUAAAGGACUUGAAACAAAGGCACCCGGAGAAGGACAUGGAGCAACUGAUCGAGAUGGCUAACUACCAAGUGCUGGUCCAACAACAGAAGAGCCGGGCCUUCUACCGCAUUCAAGCCACGCGCAUGAUGAUCGGAGCUGGGAACAUAUUGAAAAAGCACGCCGCUGACCAAGCCAGGAAAGUGGUGAGCUGCCAUGAGGCUACUGGCCAAGAGGAAGACCCCAACACCAUCUACCUGCAGUUUGAAACCUCUCACUACCAGUGCUUUGAGAACUGUGGCUCACUGAAGCUGUCAGUGACCCGGCACGGAGGAGAAAGUGGUUGCACUGUGAAGGUGGAUUACCGUACAGAGGAUGCGACGGCCAAUGCUGGCUCAGACUACGAGUUCGCUGAGGGCACUUUGGUCUUCAAGCCUGGUGAGACAACCAAAGAGUUCACCGUUGGCGUUAUUGAUGAUGAUAUUUUUGAAGAGGACGAGCACUUCUACGUGCGUCUGAGUAAUCCCCGUAUCGCACACCGGGCCGAGGUCUCCGUCCUGGAGCCGAGCUCCAUCACCUCCAGCAACAGCACGCCGGGCGUCUCCCAUGUUCCUCCCAAGGCAGCACUGGGCAGUGCUCACACGGCCACGGUUACCAUCUAUGAUGACGACCACGCCGGUAUAUUCACAUUCGAGAGUAACUCCAUGAGGGUCAGUGAGAGCAUUGGCAGCAUGCAGGUGAAGGUCCACCGGACGUCCGGGGCGAGGGGGAAGGUGGCGGUGCCCUACCACACCGCCGAGGGCACCGCCAAGGCCGGGGAAGACUACGAGGAGGUGUCCGGCAAGUUGGAGUUCCAGAACGAUGAGACCAUGAAGAUGCUGAAUGUGAAGGUCAUUGAUGACGAGGAAUACGAGAAAAACAAGACUUUCACAGUUGUGUUGGAGGCGCCCAUCCUGCUGGAUGUGGGACAGAGACACGGAGACACCAACGAUAACAAGACAGCAGUGGGACCGGAGGACGUGUCAAAGAUGGGCUGCCCCAGUCUGGGCGAGCACAGGAAGCUGGAGGUGGUAAUCGAGGAGUCCUAUGAGUUCAAGAGCACAGUGGACAAGCUGAUUAAGAAGACGAACCUGGCUCUGGUGGUGGGGAGCAGCAGCUGGAGGGAGCAGUUUGUUAGUGCUGUCACUGUCAGUGCAGGUGACGAUGACGAGGAAGAGAGCGGGGAAGAACGUCUGCCGUCCUGCUUUGACUACAUUAUGCACUUCUUGACCGUUUUCUGGAAAGUCCUCUUUGCUUUUGUCCCACCGACUGAGUACUGGAAUGGCUGGGCCUGUUUCAUCGUGUCCAUUUCCCUCAUCGGCGCUCUGACGGCUGUGACCGGGGACUUGGCCUCUCAUUUCGGCUGCACCGUCGGCCUCAAAGACUCAGUCACCGCGGUGGUGUUUGUGGCCCUCGGCACCUCUGUUCCAGAUACAUUUGCGAGUAAAGUCGCUGCCAUACAGGACCAAUACGCUGACGCCUCCAUCGGCAACGUGACAGGCAGCAAUGCAGUGAAUGUGUUCCUGGGCAUCGGGGUGGCGUGGACCAUCGCUGCCGUCUACUGGAAGAGCAAAGGAGAGGUGUUCAAGGUGGACCCGGGCUCCCUGGCCUUUUCCGUCACCGUCUUCACCAUCAUGGCGCUGGUGUGUGUGAUGGUGCUGCUCUACCGCCGCCGUCCCAGCGUGUCAGGCGGAGAGCUUGGGGGCCCACGGACACCCAAGCUCCUCACCUUCUUCAUGUUCCUCUCCCUGUGGUUCAUCUACAUCCUGUUGUCCUCCCUGGAGGCUUACUGCCAUUUGCCUGUCUUCUGAAACAGAGGGAAACACACAGACACGGCUCCUCUCCUUGUUUUUAAAGUCUGCUGAAUGUGUUUUCUCUCGGUUUUUGUCUACUUUCACAACGGUUUAUAACUAUUUUUAUCAUAUUCAUUAUUGAUACCGCACAAUAUUUGAUUGACUUUGAAUCUUUGGACUUUGGAACUUUGCUACCACCCACUGAAAAUCAGCCUCCUCUCAACUUUCCUUCCUUUUCUUUUAACUAGUAUGUUUCACUUUACAUUUAUCUAAUCAUUGCUAAUUUUAAGUGUUAAAGCACAAGUUUGGAGCAGAAUAUUUCUAAUGGUGUUAUUAAAUGGAAAGUUAGAAAGAGUGCAUGGGAUGACGUUAUUCUGAAAUUUACGUAAAAUGAAAGCCAUUACCGCGGCUCAAGUUACAUAUGUGUGUGUUGAUAUUUAUUACUCAGUCUAUACAUGAAUUGUUCAUUGUAUAUUGCGUAAAAGAUGAGCAUUGUGCGUGGGAGUUUUGUGAAAGAGUAAGUGUGUUUGCUUUUGCACGUGAUCAGAUAAAGAGUUUCUUGGUAAUCUAUUUUAAAGUACUCUAUGUGAUAUUUUGAUAUGGCUGUUGAUGUGUUGAUGUGUUUGUGUACAUGUGAAUCCCGGCUGUAUCAUAAUCUCUUCACUGCCUGGUCCCCUCUCCCACAAAGCUUAUCAUUUUGGACAUCACCAGGGAUAAAAAGGCUUUUUUUAAUGGAAUAAGUCUUAAAAAGUAUAAAUUUACAAUUUUUUGUGGGCGUGGGUGCGUGCGCGUGUGUGUCUGUGUGUGCGCGUGCACCUGUGCUCCCCAGCACAAAUUGGCAAAAGUUUUGGCACUAUUGUGUCAUGUUUGCAGAUAUUGUGAGGAUGACAACAAAAUGACAUGAUGUCAGUUUGUAUUUUUCUUAUUUUCAAAUCCCUUUAGAAGAAGCACAGCACAGUAAAGGGUCACUUUUCAGAUGAGCGUCGGGAUGAAAGUAAUUAUCACCUAAUAAUUGCGCAUUAUAAUUGUUGUUCCAUCAUCUGGGUUCAAAAUGUGACAAAAGCAAAGACUUGAGUGUGUAUUACAGAGGCUGAUAUUGAAGUUU